AUGGAGGGCCCUAGCUAUGUCCCAGAAGAUGGACUAGACCCUCAGCUUGGUCCCUAUAAAGUGGGUGAUAUCAAGACUGUGUACCAUCCCAGACUAGGGAAGGAACCCUUGAUUCAGUCCUUGCAAGAGUACAAUACUGGAGAGACAAACUUGAGGACAGCACCCCUAAGCACAGACAAGCCUUGGAGGCCAUAUGUCACCCGUUGUGACUUUGAGUUUUCAGAACUUGCACUUAGUGCAUGUCUCAACAAGGAGCACAUUGAGGCUUUCAUAAAGCUUAUCCAGACCAUUGCCUCUGAAAUGAAAGUCACAGUUGACUACAAUGGAGAACCCCAUGAUUAUCCUAUCUGGGGUCGUGAUCUUUGGGAUUGGGUCAUGGAUCAACUCAGAGAUACCAGGUUGACUCCUCACUGGGUCUGGGACACUGUGAGGCUUUUCAGGUGGAAUGGGGUUGGAUGGAUGCGCUUUAGACAUGAACCAUGGACAGCUGAUUUGCUUUGGGAUGUUCAGACAGAAUUGCCAGAAGGUGGAACACCUCUUGGGCUCAUUGUCUAUGCAGACAAGACAAAGCUUUCCAGUUUUGGAUCAGAGAAGGGAUACCCAGUCAUUGCACGUUGUGCUCAGCUUCCUGUGGAAAUUCGCAAUAGUGAUGGGAUAGGUGGUGGUGCAAUUGUUGGAUGGCUUCCAGUGGUUGAGGAAGGUGCUGCUGAAGAUGGCAAAAGAGACUAUGUGGACCACAAGAGGAUUGUCUGGCAUGAGGCUUUCUAUAAACUGUGCAAGAAGAUGGAUCCUCUCUCCAAAACUGGGUUCCAAUGUGACCUUCCUAACCUCAAGAAAUUGUUCUUUCCAUUUGUUGCAAUGUUGGUUGCUGACUAUGAAGAACAAUGUGUCAUGGCAAUGAUCCGUGGAGGUCACCAUAGUCUCUGCAAUUGCCCCAAAUGCCUUGCUGAGUCUAAGAAUCUCUCCCUACUUGAGAUUUGUGCACCAUUGCGAACUGCAGCUAGAAGUCAGGAAGUUGUGGGGCUAGCUAAGAACAGGAACAAGACAGAGGGAGAGGAGCUACUCAAAAAGUUUGGUCUGAGAGGAUUAGCAAAUGUUUUCUGGAAGAUUGGCUACAGUGAUCCUCAUAAAGCCCUAUCUUUUGACAAGCUACAUGCAUAUGCUAUUGGCUUAUUUGGGGAUCAUCUCUGGCCAGAGAUCAUCAAGCUGGUCAAGCUUCUGGGUCGUCUAGCAAUGGGGAUGGUAGACAAGCAAGCUGAUGAAUUCCCUCGGUGGAGAGGUCUUGCCCAUUUCAAGCAAGUUGUUGCAAUCAACUUCAAUGAUGGAUCCAAGUUUGAGGAUCUGUCCAAGAUCACACCAUACAUUGUGCACAAUGUCAUUGCUCAGAUCCAUGGCAGUGAAGGCUACCUCUUGCUAUGCCUGCUCCGCAAGUACCUGGAGCUAGACAUGUACUGUUCAUUUGCAGUGCAAACAGAUCAGAAUAUUGCUGCAAUAAGGGCUAAGCUGCUUGAAUUUUCUCAAUCCCUGAAGGAGUAUCAGUCCAAGACUGGCCCAACUGGGAAAAAUUGGAACUUUCCAAAGGCACACAGUCAUCAGCAUGUCCCAGAGGAUAUAGAAGCAAAGGGGGCCACUCGCAAUUUCAACACAAAGCCAGAUGAAAAGAUGCAUGGCUCUGUCAAGAAGACAUAUCUCCGACGCUCAAACAAGCGGGAUGUAGCAUCACAGAUCCUGACAGCAGACCAUGAUACAGCUGUCGCACGCAUAAUCCGUGCCAAUAUUGAAGAUUAUGAUGAGCUCAACAACCUUGAUGGCUCAGAGGAAGAUGCAGAUGAAGAUGACAUAGAUCAAGAUUCUGGACCCACACCACCUCAGGUCCAGAAAUCCAAAGCAAAGUCAAACCUUGCUUUUGGUGAUAAUCUCAUAUUGGGAGCACCUCAGAAGCCUACCACCAUUGCAGAUUUCACAGCAUCCAAUGAGAUUUACAAGGAUUUGCUUGCUGACCUUGCUGCUCUACUCAAGUAUAUGGAUUACAAGACUCCUGAGGGUAAUGACAUUCAAGUCACUCCUCAGGAUGAGGUUAUUGAAUAUCGAUUCCUCAAAGUGCACUAUCAAUCCCUCGAAACAUGGAAACAGAGCACUGAUUACUUGCGGUGCAAUCCAAAUUUCUAUGGACAAGAGCGCCGUGAUCAUGUCCUCAUGGAUGUCGAAGACGGAGAGCUUUUUGGACGUCUUCUCUUCGCAUUCACAUUCUCUGUGAAUGGGACAAGGCACCCUUUUGUCAUCCUCAAACCACUAGAUGGAGAGAUUACAGUAAAUGACCGGGACAAGGACCUUGGGUUCUAUCGGCUCCGCUCAGGAGAGCACGAUGCAGAGUUAUUUCCCGCUGAACAUCUUGUACGAGGUGCAUUGAUUACAUCGGACCCCGGGAAUCACCAGGAAUUCUUUGUCGUAGAUCACGACCCCGAUAUGUUUUGUCGUCUCAAUGCUCUGCGUAGUUCGCGUUUCGGGGUGUAG